CCUGAGCGUGGGCGCGAGGAACCUCAACUUCCCUCACUGAGCGACUCCGGGAGAACGAAUUUGAACGACUCCUCCUUGCCUCUCGAACGCAGUGGAAUGAUUUGCGUACGACGAGUCUAGUACCGGUUUCCUGCGCGACUGGCGUUUGAUGAAUAAGCAGUGCAAACCGAUAUGAGUCAGGAGAUUACCGAGCACCGUGAAACAGUUACGACAACAGACAAAACUCAAGAAGAGGAAGAUGAGACAGAAGCAGCUACGAAGGACGCAGACAAAGUCGACGCACAAGAGGAGGUAGUGGAGGGCCGGAGUCACCAUCGGGGAGGGGUCUCCAGAAGAGGUCAUCUGAAGGGUCAACACCUCUCACGACCCAAGGUCAUCAUCACGGCAAAUAAUCGGGCAGGCCAGAAAUUAGAUGACACCGUAGCCAUGGAUCGAAAUCUACCUCCGCCGAGAUUACCCGAAACCUCUGGUGCCCAAGGACCUCCACAGUCGACCUAUCGCGUCAAUUACCCAGGGGCAAAAUUAAGGGUAGGGGCACCAAGACCGUCUCACUUGACCCAAGGGGCUGUAGUCAUCUCUGCCAGGAGAGAUACACCACCACAGUCUAUCAAUUUCGGAUCCUCUAGUUAUUCAACUGGCGCAUUUCAUAUGCCAAGGGAUCCAGCUGCUCACGAGUAUCACCCAAACGAACCGUCCUCCAGUCACAACAUUCCUACAGGACCUGUCACCUACUAUAGCCCCAGUCAUCCACAGGACACCCCAACAGACUCAGAGCCACAGAAACAGAAGCCGCGCUUCCAGUUCCCCGUGGAAAGACCUCAACCGCCGAAUUACGCCGACCCGCUUCACCACGACUUCAAGCCAUCGAAAUUAUUGCCGCCGAUAACGAAAGGCCCCCUUAUAAACACACAAAGUUCUACUCAAAAUUUGCCGUCUAAUGAGCUGUCAAGACCACAGCCACCACCUCCUCGCCCUCCUCCACAGCUCAUGGUGCCCAUUAGAAGAAAGAACAACAGGAAUGAGGAAAAACACGCAGAGCAUAGUGAAUCCCCCCGCCCGCCAUAUUCCUACUCCUCUCCACCUACCCCACCUAGGAAAGGGCAGGUGGUCAAUGCCCCUAGACCAGCAUUGAUGGGAAUACUAUUAGAUCCAGCAGGAGAUUCUACAGCCUCUUUAGCAACGCUAGGGACCAUCAGUAAAUCCGGAGUGAGGCCAGAAAUAGAUCACAGAGCAGGAGCCCCUGGGAGACACGACUCCUCAGCGGAACAAAACCUUUGGCCACCUCCUCAAACGAACCCCGAGAGGCAGCCAGGAACGGGUUACGAGAAGCAAGAUGAUCGACCUUACACCUUCGUCUCUGGGGAGGUAUAUACUCCUCCACCUAUUGUUAAAAGACCAUUUACCAGAUCCACCAAGCACUCUAAUAUCAGAAUCACUACUCGUCGACCUGGCAGCAACCUUCCAAUUAUCCCUUUUGAGGAGAAAGCUUCGACUUACGUUCCAAGGUACGUGAAAGAGGCCAUAGCGGAGGUUGAGUUCGAGUCGAAGACCUUCGACGCACCAGAGCAGCCUCCACCAAUGUACCAUCCCCAACCAAACUGGUUCCUGAUGCCCGUCCAAGGAUGGUUCGUCCUCUCCAUCAUUCUCGCUGCCCUACUCAUCGUCCUUUUAGUAGUGACCGGUAUCCUCUACAAGAGUCUCAGAAAGCAGAAGAAAAAGGUGGGGAAAAUAAUGGCCUCGGGUCUUGCGCUGGCGUCUUGCAUAGACCCCGUCAACCACGAAUUAUGUCAGUGUCGAACCUUAUCUCCCCUCGUUCGGACCCAAACCAUGAUGUCGAGGGCGUCGGUUAUGUCCAGGGCGUCCCAGAGAACGCUGAGACCUGGAUCCAGGCGACACGGGAUCAUCAACUACGAUAACGACGCUCAGCAGCGAACGACAGGCUUCAGGUCCUUGCCAAAUCCCGCGCUAACGGACAAGGAAAAAGAUUUUGACUCCAUGACGACUACUCACACACAGAUUGAAGUGGACGACACUCCACCACCAUUAGCACCAAAGAAAUCUUCCCUGAACAGCUCAGCUGUGGGAGGGGGAGGAGGAGGAGGAGGGGGAGGAGGCCACGAGGGGCGAAGUGGAGGCGGACAAGACUUCAAGAAAAACGAAGACUCGAAAAUGGCGACUGGAAACGGACGAGACAGCCGAGCUUCAAAUCAAGAGGUUCGGUGUCUGAGUAUAAUGCGUGACAGUCGCCAGGCUCUGCCUGAAGCAAGGAGCAGUAGCAGUUUAGGUGGAUACUACGGCGGGAAGGGGACCAGUACGCAGCACCAGAGAACCACAUACCACACCUCCGAUGUCCAGCUCACAACCAUUUACCCGCCUCCAAGGCGUUUUGAACUCUAAGGAAGGCCGUUUUAACCUUUUUGUGUGUGUGUAAAUUAAAAGUCGUUUUUAUUAGGAAAACAAAAUUCAAUCGUAGACGUAUCAUCUACAUUUACUUCCCCAAUAAUGUGUCAGCAUAUGUUGUUCACAUUCACAUACUUCCCCAAUUAUGUGUCAGCAUAUGUUGUUACAUGUUAGUAAAUAAUACGACAUAUAUUUAAAAAUGUAUCCCAUCAACCUGAGAGAAAAAUACAUUGUUAUUCCUUCAAGUAGAAGAACCUGAUCAAAAAACUAAAUUUACAAACUGGGAUAUUACGACAGAUAAACAUUGGUCAAUCUCGAAUUUGUCAUUAUGUACUAAACACCGUAUGGAACUUUACUCAAGAGAGUUUACUUUAUGCCAGGGAAUAACAUAAAACACUCACUGACUUGACGUCUGAUAAAAAUUAAAGAGGUGUAAUGGAGAGGCCUAUAAGCCAAUGAAAUGAAUGAGCGAAUGCAAGCAUCUGUGUUUUCUAAUUCUCCAAGCAUGGGCAUCAAAAACUAGCUAGGGUCCAAGGGCAAUAUGAAUCAAGGGUCCCUACUGCAUUAAAGGCCCAAUGACAACAUUCUGCAAUAUACAAAAACAGCAGUCUUGUCUACAGGCAACUGUAGAAAACAAAACUCAAGUGACAGACCUUAACAAUACACAUACAAGAUGUAAUCAUGAUUACCAUAAAAGACUUAAAAUUGCGUGUAUGACAUCUUGCAAAAACAGAACAUUAUGUUAUUUACCACGAAUCAAAGAAAGGCAAACCUACAAUUUACUUAUUUACUUACUUAUUACUGAUAAAUAUAUGUUUCAAAUCUAUAUUUUUGGUUAUUGGGGAUCGCUCUAGACCCCCCUGACACCCAACCCCAUAGUAUUUAGCCCCAUAUAUCAAUCACCAGCCAUUAACAGCAGAUUUGUUUCUAAACCAGU